UCCCUCAUAUAUAUUGAAUAAAAAUAAUUUAAUUUUACCGGCCGGCAAUUAUAAAUUCAUCAAUAAAUAAUGUUUCUAUUACAUUUUAUCGACUUUUUAAAACCUGACAAAUUAGUAUCACAAAUGAUGCAAUUUUGAGUCUGUGCAAUGUGCUGUCUAUAUCUCAAUGCCAAGUAUUUUAAAGUUCAAAUAGCAAAUAUACAACAUCGCGUGUAUAUAGGCGUGGGAAAAAGCCUUUGACUCUACAACGAAAUACGUUUACAUAUAUGCUAUUCUUCAUGGAAGCCAUAGAUAUUUUUUUAUUUUUUAUGGAAAAAAAUAUACCCGAGAGAACAAUUGAUCAAAGAUUCCUUUGUUCUUUUUUGAUAAAGAGAAUCUAAACAAUAUUUUGUGGAUAUCAGAUUCUAUGGAUGAAAAUUACGACCAAGAUUCUAUAAUACAAAAUGAAAGAAUAGAGGUAGGGUAGUAGGUUGCAGCAGAGAUUGCACUAUCCUUCUAUCUCUCUCUCUCUCUCUUUCUAUUUACCACAAUGAGAGAUGGACACAUCGAAACAUUGAGAAUAUUGCAUGGAUAAUAUACACGCCAUAGAUUUUGUCACGGUCACUGUAUGAUUUUUCCAGCCGGAAAAGGGUGAGGCGAGAGAGGGAACUCCUAGUAAGAGAUGUUGCGCAAUUCUCCUCAUGAGAGACACCAAGAGAGUACCAAGAAAACCGUUACACUAUAUGUAGUAAUGAGAGAAAAAAAUGAAAGUAUUAUUUUGGAAUAUUUAUAUGCGCGCAAAUUUAAAUUGAGUACAAUGAAAAGGGAAAAAUGAUUCAGGCCAUCAUCUUUCUCAUCGUCAACUAUACAAGAAUUUCUUUAUGGUCCAUGUUCAGAAACUGCGUCGUUAAAUUGAAACCUUUAUCUUGAAAGCGCAUAAAGAGAAUUGAAAAUAUAUCUCUCUUUCUCUCUCUCACACACAAGAUAUUUCCCAAUGUGAAUUAACUUUCUAUUUUAUGGAUCAAUUUAUUCAUGCUAUGAUAAUAGUCCUUGCGACAAUAUUUAGAUGAAAUUGGUUAUAUUUUUUCAAGAGAGAAAAAAUUUACUCGACAUUUUUUUGUUUGAUUUGACCAAUAUUUGUGGAAAUGGAAAAGUCUUUUCUAUAUUUGCGAUAUAGCAGGUGGGAUAAUCGACUUUGCAACAGGCGCCUAUAGUUUCAAAUUAAAAUAUGCCUAUUGACCUGGGGACGACAACAAGAAAGAGGUAGACGAAAAACUAUAGAAAUAAAGACAUGUCUCGACAGUGAGGUUCGAGAUACGAUCUGAUAAGAUUAAAUGCGACUAUUGGUAAUUACAAACAGCCAUCUUUGCGUCGUCGUCGUCGUUGUCGACAAUUCUAUUUUCUUCAAUGAAAUAACGAAAUUACCUUCUCUCUAUACACACCACUGUCAGUAGACGAUGUAGUCUCUUCAAACGUUGACAAUUCUCCUCUUCUCAUUUAAUAAUGUGUUACGUAUAGAAACAGAAAUUUUUUUCAUUUGGCAAAUAUUAUAAAUUCAGAAGCAAAAAUUUAUUUAUGUCAAAUGUCAAAGACAUAUAAAAAUAAUUAUGAAACAAUUAUUGUGGUUUACAUUUGUUUUGACAAUUUUACAAAUUUUUUUCACACACAACAUUAAUGCUGAAUAUGGUUGCUCUGUUUUUUGUGUUUGCGAUAUUUGGUAUGACCUUAAACGUGCAACUUGCACCAAUCGUCAUUUAUACAGUAUAGAAAUUGGCAUUUCUUCAGUUGUCGAAGCAAUUGAUCUGUCAAAUAAUUCUAUUUCUUCAUUGUCAAAUUAUGAAUUAGCGGCUGCCAGUUUAUCAAAAUUGAGAUAUCUCAAUCUAUCAAGAAAUGGAAUUAAUGAAAUUGGUUUAGCUGCUUUUGUAAAACUCAACGAUUUGGCCGUAUUGGAUUUAUCACGAAAUCAUUUGAAUUAUAUUUAUACCGAUACAUUUGUGACAAAUUUAAAAUUAAAAAUAUUAAAACUUCAACAUAAUAAUUUUAAUCAUCAUGUUCCUAAUUUGCGAUCAUCAACAAUUACCGAACUUGAUCUCAGUAGCUGUUUUAUUAGCCAUUUGCCUGGCGAUACUUUCGACCUUAUGAAGAAAUUAAAUAAUGUUGAUCUUUCGAAAAAUGUAAUGAUUCAAAUUCAUGCGAAAGUAUUACAAAGAGUUCCUUCUCUACAAAUAAUUUCCCUCGAAGGAAAUCCCUGGUCCUGUAAUCGAUUGAUGCAAGAAACACAAAAUUAUCUACACAGCAGAAAAGUGAAAUUUAAACAAGUUUGUGAAUCAAAUAAUGGACCGAAAAAAUUCGAGAGAAUGAAACUAGAAACACAAUCAUCGCCGGCACCAUCUAAAAAAUCACUCAAUAUUCGUUUAUCAUUUCCUGAAAAAUCAAUGCAAGACCCAUGGGAAAUAAUUGAAAAAAAUGAAGAAGUAAAAGAAGAUGAGACAAUUAAAACACUUCAAGCUUUAAAUAUUUCACGAAAAUUUAAUUUAUCAACUAAUAUAAUUAAUUCAUCACCAUAUUGGUUUAUUGGAAUUGGUUUUCUUCUUGGCAGUGCUUCAACAUUAAUAGCAACUUAUCUUUGGCUUUAUGCAGCAAUAUCUUGUAAACUUUUAAGAUUUUCACGUGAAAAUGAUAUUGAUCGCUCGAACAUAUCUUCUACAUCAUCAUCAUCAUCGCAAAGAAUAUCUCUAUUACAAAAUUUGUGGUCACAAAAUGAAGAUCAAAAUGAUUCACUAUCAACUUGUCCAGGUACACCUCCACCACCUUAUCGAGAAGUAAUGUUACACAGAAGUUUAUAUCCUUCAGUACGAUGACACAAUAGCGAAUUCGGAGCACACGAAAAUUUUCCCAAAUUGUCCGAAUUUUUUUUAUUAUAAUUUAUUUCCAUUAUUUUUAGAAAUGAAUUUUUCUUGUAAAAUAAUCAUUUUGAUGGAAUUUUCCAAUUUAAGCCUCUUUAAGUCUAAUUUCUUGCCACAAUUAUUAUUAUUGAGACAUGAUUAUAUAGUCAUGUGAGAGUCACGUGACUCAAGUUCCAAGACAAAGACAGAGAUUAAAUUGCCGUCUUUCAUGGAAAAAAAAAAAAAAAAUUCGACAUUUUAUCAAAACAAUAUGUCGGGCGCGAUGACAUUCUGGGUCACAAGAAUAAAUCGCUGACAUAAGUUUUGAAUAAUUGUAUAAAAUUUAAAUACUACCAUAUUUUGUAUAUAGAUAUGUAUAAAUUUAUAAUAUAUUUAUUGUGAACUACGAAACAAUUGCGCUUUUAAUAAGAUAAUUGUAAACAAUAAUUUUAAAGACAACAAAUUAUUUUAUUUUUAAAAAAAGAAUGUACAUUUUUUUCUAAUUGUAAGAAAAUUUAUUUUUUCGUUUUUAAAUUCUAAUCACAGCCGAUAUUAAUCUUAAGCCAAAGGAACUGAUUUUCUUGCAAAAAAUUUACCAGUGUUUUUUUUUGAUGAAUUAUUGUGAUUUACUUCAUACGGAUAGUAUUUUUUUUUUUUUAAGAGAUAAGUUUCUAGUCCUUUUUAUUGUAAAUAUUGAAAGUGCGCAAACUUAUUCAAUUUGAAUAAAAAAAAAAAAGAAA